UGGCACUGCAAACAAUUCGCGAAGAUUUCAGUAAACUUUCCGCAACCACGGAGGACAGCACAACGCAAGGGCAGUGGCGUUGAGGAUGAUGAUGAUGUGCUUGGGAAGUUGGGUGGCGGUGGUGGUGUGUUGUUGUUGUUGUUUGUUGAUGGGUGGUGUUGACGGCAGCGCUGUGAGAGGAGGAGGAACAACAACAACAGCCAACUACUAUGUGGACGUGCGUGGAUCGGAUGAUGGCGAUGGGUCGCAAGCACACCCCUUCCGCACCGUGCAGCGUGCUCAGGCUGCCGCGCGAUCUGCGGCCAAGAGCGGCGGCGUCAACGUGUACUUGAACAACGGCACGUUCUUCCUCAACUCCACGCUCGUCUUCACACCGCAGGAUUCCGGCCUCUCCGCCUCGCAACCAAUCGUCUACCAGAGCACAUCCAAAACCAAUCCCGCGCAACUGACAAGCGCAGUGGAGAUCACGGGCUGGAAGAAAGUUGGCAACACGACCCUGGGUCACAUCUGGGAAGCGCCGUUGCCUGCCGGCGUGGACUUCUUCCACCAGCUGUGGAUCAACGGCCGCCGCCAGCACGUUGCCCGCCAGCCCACGCGCGCAUAUGAGAAGGCGACACCCAACAGCGUCAUCUUCAAGCCGGGCCAGCUCACGGCCGUGCCGCACAACCUCGACGACGCAUAUGUGGUGCUGUACGAAUCGUGGACUGCGAGCCUGCACCAGAUUGCCAGUAUCGAUAUGGACACACGCAACAUCACACUCAAGACUACUUACAACAACAAGUGGUCUGGUUCGGCUGCGGGUUCGCGGUACUAUCUUGCUUCCAUCGUCGAAGCGCUUCCGACCCCGGGCUACUUUUACGUCGACAGACACGCACGCACCGUCUCCCUGUGCACGAACAACAAGACGGAUCCAAACGCGGAGAAGGUGGUGGCCGCCACCCAGAUUGAGUUGAUUCGUGUGCAAGGCAACGCCACAGCUGGACAGUUUGUCCGGAACAUUCACUUUCGCAAUCUGGACAUUCGCUAUUCGGCCGUGGACGUGAGCACGUGUUUCUCCAGCUCCUGCGACGCGCAGUCCGCGGAUUUUCUCACCACCGCCACCAUCCACAUUACAGGUGGUGACGAUGGCAGUUGGUGUUACUCGUUGUGCUCACAUGAUGCUGUUGUUGCGGAAGGGUGCGGGGUGCUGGCGCAACUCGUCGCCCACACGAUCAUCCAACACAACCUCAUCUUCAACUUUUCCUACGGGGUGUUCAACUCGUCGCUGACGCAGAGCCACGUUGCGGAUGUUGGUGCCGGUGGUGUUCGUGUUGGUGUUGGCAUGACUGACAUUGGCCUGUCUCUCCUCUCCGAUAUGGGGUGCGUGUACACGCUCGGAAAGCAACCAGGCACCCAAGUCAUCAACAACAUCUGCCACACCGUGUAUACCUACAACUACGGCGGCUGGGGUCUGUACACGGACGAGGGAAGCUCAUACAUUCAGCUCCGAGACAACAUUGUCUUCCACACGAAAUGCGCGGGCGUUCACCAGCACUACGGCACGGACAACACCUUCUCCAACAACAUCCUUGCAGAAGUGAACACAUUGACGUGCGAUGCAGCCAUAAGGUCAUCGCAGCAUCCCGGCAACUGCACGGCGGCGGCGCCCGAUGGCGCCUGCAGCUCAUUCACGUUUGACACGAAUAUCGUGUAUGUCCGCGACUACGACGUCUUUGAUGCCACGAUUCCAACGGGCUUCCAGAACAUGACGUUUGAUAACAACACAUAUUGGAAAGGAGACAAAACACCCAUCGUGUUCCCCGAGAAGAAGACUUUCAAGCAGUGGAAGGCGGAGGGCAAGGACGUGCAUUCUGUGAUUGCAGAUCCGCAAUUUGUUGACGGUACACACAACGACUGGUCGCGAUUCAAUUCAAACUCCCCGGCACUCAAACUCGGAUUCAAGCCCAUCAACAUCUCCCAGGUUGGCCCCGUCGCACUCGACUCGCCGCUGCUGUUUGAUCAUCACGAGCACGUGCGCAGAUUCGUCGAUGAAGGCGCUCUGCACCACAUCAUCGUCUGGUGAUGUGAUGGUGUGUGUGUGUGUGUGUGUGUGUG